AUGGCAAAUUUAAUGGAGAUUGAUAAGGCUAGAGGGAAGCAUUCUUAUGCAGUUUCACAAACACUGUUUGAGUUAGACAUCAAGUAUGUUCCAAUCAAGCCUAUUGGAAAAGGUGCUUAUGGCGUAGUGUGCUCUUCCAUCAAUAGUGAGACUGAUGAGAAAGUUGCAAUCAAGAAGAUUGGUAAUGUGUUUGAAAAUUGCACUGAUGCUAUGAGAGUUCUGAGGGAGAUGAUGCUGCUUAGACACAUUCAUCAUGAGAAUGUGAUUGCUUUGAAAGAUGUUAUGAUCCCAGACAAGAGAACAAGUUUCAAGGAUGUCUACUUGGUCUAUCAACUCAUGGACACAGAUCUUCAUCACGUUAUCAAGUCCUCUCAGCCACUCUCCAAUGAUCAUUGCCAAUUUUUCAUGUUUCAGCUGCUUCAAGGUCUUGAAUAUCUUCACUCUGCAAAGAUUCUUCAUCGUGACCUGAAGCCUGGGAAUCUGCUUGUGAAUGCCAAUUGUGACUUGAAGAUAUGUGACUUCGGGCUUGCAAGAACCAAAAGAUUUGAUGGCGAGUUCAUGACAGAGUAUGUUGUUACUCGAUGGUAUCGCGCACCAGAACUUCUGUUAUGCAGUGAUGAUUAUGGAACUUCUGUUGAUAUGUGGUCUGUAGGAUGCAUUUUUGCUGAGAUUCUUGGUAGAAAGCCUAUCUUCACUGGAACUGAUUGCCUCAAUCAACUGAAACUAAUCAUAAGCAUUAUCGGAACCCAGGAUGAAUCUGAUCUUGACUUUAUUGAUAAUCCGAGAUCGAGGAGUUUCAUCGAAUCACUUCCCUAUAGAAGGGGCAUAGAGUUCUCUCAGCUAUAUCCACAAGCUGAUCCAUUGGCAAUUGAUUUGCUGCAAAGAUUGCUUGUAUUUCACCCAGCUAAAAGAAUCACUGCCUCAGAAGCACUUCAACAUCCAUAUUUUGCUGGUAUAUUUGAUCCAAUGCGUGAGCCUCCUGCUCAGGUUCCCAUCAAAAUUGACAUAGUUGAAAGUAGGAAAGAAGAGAUUAUUAGGGAAAUGAUGUGGAAUGAGAUGCUUCAUUAUCAUCCUCCUGAAGCAGUAUCUGCUUAAGAUGAUUCUGUAAUUGGUCUCGAUGUUCUAUUUCUAUUUACCUAGAGAAAGUGUAAUCAUAAGGAGGACUUAGCUACCCGAUCUUGUACUAGUAUAAGAUUGUUCCAUACAAAUGGUAAUUUGUAUAUAUCAUCCAUGCCUUGUUUUGGUCUUUGAUUAAAUUCCCAUUAUGAACUAUUCAAAUAAUGCGUUUGGUUGUUCUCCAAUUUCCACAUUAUUUACAAGUUGGCCUUUCAU